AUGCAUCUCUUAAAAUCUUUCGUUCCCAAAAACUGCUCCUAGGCUAUGUCAAUUAGCAACUUAGCAAAGAGAGCCUUCUCAACCUCUUACUAUGCAAACAUGGACUUAUCAUCUAAGCAAACUUUCUACAGAAAAGAUCUCACUAUUGAAUUAACCAAGAAUCCUAUUCCUAUGCCUGAAUUUGAUGCUGAAAAGCUUAGAUUCGGUGCUCAUGGAACUGACCAUAUGCUUAGCGUAGAUUUUGACUCAAAGAAAGGAGGUUGGGGUAAACCUUAUAUCCACCCUUUUAGAAACUUAGAAAUGCAUCCUUUCAACUCUGCAAUUCACUACGCCAUGUAAUGCUUCGAAGGUGCUAAGGCUUUCAAAGGUACUGAUGGUAAGAUUCGUAUGUUCAGAGUUAGAAAUAACAUGUAUCGUUUGAAGAAUUCUUGCAAGUCUCUUGCCCUACCUGAUUUCGAUGGUGAAGAACUUUACAAAUGUAUUGAAGAAUACGUUAAGAUUGAUGAAAAGUGGAUUCCUCCUAUUAGAGGCUUCUCUUUAUAUAUUCGUCCAACUGUUAUUGCAUGGGAAGAUAAAUUAGGUGUUAGACCUGCUGAUAAGGCUAAAUUAUUUGUUGUUUUCUCACCUGUUGGUCCUUAUUAUCCCUCUGGUUUCAAGCCUAUUAAGCUUUUCACUGAAACCAAGAGAAUCAGAGCUGCUCCAGGUGGUACUGGUAACAUGAAAGUAGGUGGUAACUAUGCUCCUACUAUUCCUAUUUCUUAAAAUGCUGAAUAAAAAGGAUUUUAAUAAGUACUUUGGUUAUGGCAAGAUAGCAUUCUUGAAGUUGGAACUUCAAACAUUUUCUUCUUCUGGGUUAAUGAAUAAGGAGAAAAGGAACUUGUUACACCAUAUUUAGACGAAGGUACCAUUUUACCUGGUGUCAUGAGAGACUCUAUUUUGUCUUUAACCAGAAAAUGGAAGGAAUUCAAGGUUACUGAAAGAAGAAUUACUAUUGAUGAAGUAGUUAAGGCAGCUAAAGAAGGAAGACUUAUUGAAGCCUUUGGUGCAGGUACUGCAGUUAUAGUUUGUCCAAUUGAAGAAUUUAAUUAUUAAGGCGUUACUUAUAAAGUUCCAAUAAAUCCUAAGAAAUAAGCUGGUGACCUUACUUAUAAAAUAAGCGAAACAAUUUAAAAUAUUCAAUACGGUGAUACUCCUCAUGAAUGGGCUCCUAUUGUUAACUGA